AAAAUAAAAAAACAAUACACUUAGCCGUCAGUUUGUUUACGUUAGCUUGAUAGGUAGUCGUGUAGCACCAUAGUCAUUACUGAGAGGCCUUGUGCUACAUUUUAUAUAUUUUAUUCCUGGAUUUGCAACAAACCUUCGAAAGAAAUGAGCGACGAAUUUUCACAUAGUCAGAGGCUAAAAGCUGCGAUACACUUUACUGUGGCCAGAUUUUGUGAGGAGGUCGGACAGGAUUGUCAAAAGAAAUACAGUAAACUGGCUAUCGCUGCAAUAAGUGAAACGACAUUCAAGCAGUGUGAUAUUUUUGCAAGGGAUUUGGAAGCCUUUGCCAGGCAUGCGAAGCGAACUACGGUCAAUGUGGAAGAUGUGAAGCUGGCAGCUCGUCGAAGCACGUCGUUGGCCAACUACAUUUCCGAGAAGAGCGAAGAGCUGACCUCCAUUACCAAGGAGCAGAAGGGGAGGAGGAAGAAACAGACGGGGAAGAGGACGAGUGGGGGCAGCCUGCCGGAGGCGGCGGGGGCCGACUCCAGCAUGGGCGACGAUCAGGACGCGCUAGCGUAAACGCACCACACGGUCCGAAAAGACGGGUACCGCCACCUAGCCUGGGGUGUAACUGUCAGACGCACAGUGCAGCGUUAUUGUGUACAGUGUACACGUGAUAUAAUUGACAUUUCUUUUUGAGAUUCCCUAUGCAUAUUUCUGUUGAGACUAAACGGCUUGUGAAAGGUGGUUACUGUGGGUGAUUUUGCCCUCAUUGACUAUGAAUAAGAGGUUGCUGUUUCUGCAUACAGCACAGAGAGAGGGCCUGUAGUCCAGUUAUUGUUAUGUUAAACAUUAUUUUUUGAAUGAACAUGCCUGUUAUAUACUUACUGUGUAUUUCUAGGUGAAAAGAAAAUGAAAUAAAAAGUUCGAUAUUGAUAGAA